CCAACUACCCGUACGUGCCGACACGCUGCGUACGAUCUCGUGUUACGAGUGCAUGUGCCGAGCUCGCUGCUGUUGUUGUGCAUAACAGUUUAUGGCCCUAUUGACGUUUUGCGCCUUGUCCUGCGCUGAUUUUACCCACAGCAACCAAUCGAAGCGAGCGUUGGCGACUGACUCAGCGCGCGCAUCGUGUUUUUCAAGAAAAAACAUCGACGGAUUUUCCAGUGAAUCGUUCAUUCGUUUCAUCGUGUUCGAUAAGUGACAGUCGGGGACUACUAUGUGCGAGUGAUUGUUUUUAUACAUGGAAUAACGUAGCUGGUGCAAGGCUAGCCGUUUAUUGUUACUACGCCAACGAAAAGUCGUGCUGUAGCAUAUUUGAAAAAUCGAACGCGUGCCGAGGCUUGCGACGAAUCGGUCGACGCUGCUCGCAAAAGAAGAUCGGCACAGCCUGUGUAUGUGUGUGCGUGCGGACUCGCGAAUGGAGACUUGAAUGCCUGUGUGUGGUCCAGUCCAGAGCUCUUCUGCUGCCGCUGCUGCCGGCGGUCUCUCUCUCUCUCUCUCUCUCUCACUCAAUCGCGCUCGCCAAGGUUAAUGCGCUUUGCUCGCCAGGCACUUCUUGCAAAAAUAUAGGAUUCGCCCCCUAACCAAUGUCGACGAGACAAGACGUGCACAUGACGUUCUUUAAUGAUAAUGAUGUCGUCGUUACCUGCUGAUGUUGCCGCUGUCUCGACGUAUCGUCGCGAUUCUGGCAGGCACUGCUGCUCUCCUCGUCGCUAACCACUCAAGUUGCAGGCAUUGGUGCGGGUCUUGCGUCUCAUCUCUUCGCUAGUGUUGAUUGUAUUCCACAAUAAGUUGCCGUUGAUUCAGUUCUUCUAAUUGUUCUUGUUUGUUGCUGCAGUUUUUGCAGCUGAUGUUGUUCUUGUUAUUAUUGUGACGGUGUUUAAAGUGCCAACUGUGAGGUGUUUUCGAAGGAAAAAAAAUUAAGUAAAUGAAUAAUCAGUCGAUGAGCAAUAGGUUAUAAGUAAAUACAAAGUUUUGAGACGGCCUGCGAAUGAUAAUUGUUGGUAGAGAUUCGCUAGCUUCCACGACGACGCCGACUACCAGCGAAAGCACAACGGAAGGAGGAUGUAGCUCGAGGGGAGACUGUAAGAAGCAGCUCCCUUCAACCCCCGUCGAUACGGCAACUGCAGUAUGGAUGACUCUAGUGUAAGCGUUGCGAGUCGACGUAGUAGCUUUACGAACGAGCACAUUAAAUUCUUCAGUGGCAAAGUGAACAACGAAAUCGAGAGUAAUAAUAGCGAAAGCAGGAGGAGGAGGAGGAGGGACGAGGAGGAGGCUGCGAGAAGGCAGCGGAGGGGGAUUUGGAGUUGGAGCAGCAACGGCCACGAGGAGGAGAGCAACGACGAAAACAACGACGUGGUGGUCGUCGCUGGGACAGCAAUCGAGCCGAGUAUGGAUGACAGCGACUGGUUCGACGGUGUCGAGGAGAUACAAUACAGUUACGCAGCCGAUCGCUACGACGAUUACGACGUCGAUUCGCUGUUCGCGAUAGUUAGCAGUUUCGUGCCGCCGCCACCCAGGCCGCCCUACCUGCCCGACGAGUCACUGCCCACUGACGGCCUCACCACUUGUGAUCUAUGUUCCUGGGCCCUCAGGAACGAUAGGUACUCCUUUUCGCUCGAUGGUACGAUCGAAGCGCCGGGUGAGAUCGGAUGGUUGUUGACCCUCAUCAUCGUAUCUCUCAUAUCAGCCGGUAUCGGAGCAGUAGUCAUGGUCACGCUUUUGCAUUGUCGCAGGCUCAAGAGCGCCAACGGACGCGCCAACAGUGCGAGCUGUUGCGGCGUUGCAUUAGACGAGGAAGUUGGCAGUAGUAGUGCUAGUCAUCGUCGCCAUCACCACCAUCAUCAUCGUCGUCAGGACUCGGCUAAUCCUGCAGGUGGCGGCGUCAUACUCGCUGGACCGGGACCGGGGGGCGUCGGUCUCGCCGUUAUACCAGACAGGCCGCCCUUGGAACUUGACAAGCUGCCGCCCUAUCACGACGUCGCUACCCCGUCUGGAGGACACAACGUGAACGUCUGGUCGUGGCUGAGCACGAGGCGAGGCGGAGGGCCCGCCGGUUGCGUGGUCGGCUCGCCUCUCAGUCUGCCAGGUCAGCAUCACCAUAGCGUCGGAACGUUGAGUCUGCCCGUGGAGAAUCAUUACACGCAUAUGCAGCAGGCCGACGAGGCCCUCUACGCCGAGCUCGACUCGCAAGCGGCCAGCUACGCCAGCGGCUCCGAGGACAAACAUUAUCACGAAUUGGACGCCGUCGGCCUUCACAGACAGCACCAGGACACAGUUUGCUCAAGGCACAGUCAGAGGCGGGCUUGCGAGUCCGAGUACGAGAUGUACGAGAACGGGCCGAGUUUAGUGCUGCCUUCGCCGCAUCAUCAUCAUCAUCACCAUCACGUGUAUCACCACGUACUGGACAAGUCCGGUGGGCCGGGUUCGCAUCAGCACCAUUACAGCGCGGGUAGCGGCGGCAGUGGCGGUGAGGGCAGCAACCAACCGUCUUAUCAGAACACGGCCUACACGGGCAGCGACAACGAGCCCGACAACAGUGCGCCCAGCAGCGCCUAUUACAGCGAUUUGAGCGCUGGAUCAGCCGCCGCAGCAGCUACUGCCGCUACGAAUCAACAUCAUCCACAUCAUAAUCUUCAGCAGCAGCAGCAGCAGCAGCAGCAGCAGCAGACGCCGCAACACAUACCCGUUGCCUGCUGUGGCCAUCCCGAGGAUGACGCGCCGCCGAUUUACGAGCCCGCUCCAAAUUACAGGCUCACGUCGAUUCGCGAGGCCGCUCAAACUGCUAAUACCUGCUCGUCGGAUUAUAUAUGACGACGCGCCAACGAC